UACUGCGCCUGCGCAGAGCAAAUUCUCGGCCUGCUCUGGGGUCGAGAACCGCGCGAUCUGGCUGAGGUAUAUCUCCAUGAAUAACUUAAAUGAUCCUCCAAAUUGGAACAUCCGACCUAAUUCCAGAGCUGAUGGGGGUGAUGGAAGCAGGUGGAAUUAUGCCCUGUUGGUGCCAAUGCUGGGAUUGGCAGCUUUUCGUUGGAUUUGGUCCAGGGAGUCCCAAAAAGAAAUAGAAAAGGAGAGACAAGCAUAUUAUCAGAGAACAGCUGCUUUCCAGAAGGAUCUUGAAGCCAAGUACCAUGCCGUGAUCUCAGAAAAUCGACGUGCUGUUGCUCAGCUGUCUUUGGAACUUGAAAAGGAACAAAACAGAACAACUAGUUAUCGAGAAGCCCUAAUCUCUCAAGGGCGCAAGUUGUUGGAAGAAAAGAAGCUUCUGGAACAGGAACGGGCUCAGGUAAUGAAAGAGAAAAGCCAGCUGCAGCCCCUGAGAGGUGUGUAUCUAAGCUGCCUGGAGGAGCAGGAGGACUGGCAGCAGAGAGCUCGGCUGAUGCUGCAGGAAGUUGGAGAGGCGCUUGCUGAAAGGCAGCGCAUCUACUGCAGCCUGUUCCUCCCACGACGUGCCAGGUUGGAACUCGAGAAGAACUUGCUGGUGCGUGCAUCCAUUGACCCCAUAGCUACUGACUUAGAGAUGGCAGCUGGCUUGACCGAUAUAUUUAAGCAUGAUACAUAUUGUGGCGAUGUGUGGAACACCAACAAAUGCCAAAAUGGGAGUCUCAUGUGGCUAUAUCUCAAGUAUUGGGAGCUAGUUGUCGAACUGAAAAAGUUUAAGAGAGUAGAGAAGGUUAUACUAGAGAAGUAAGAGAAAAUGAAAUAAAACUCAAGGCCAGAAGACAGUAGUUUGUUGUGGCAUUCCCGGCUCUCCUAUGUUUUCUGUGUCCUGUUUCCUCCCACCUGUGUUGUAGCCACGUGCAGCCAUCCUCAGCAGCAAGUCUGCUUCUGCUACUUUGAGCGGCACAGCAUGGCCUCAGCAGUGAAGCGUUUCCUACAGAUGCUCUACAGCUAUGAAGGACCCACUUUCUCUGAAGUAUUUUUCUGAGCUGCUAAUACUUAGCAGAAUAAUGUCACCUUACGUUUUAGCUCCACGGUAAAAAUUGUUUUUAAAAGUCUAAUGCACUGUUGAUCCUCAGCAAAAGCAAUUUUCUGUCAGUUGUCUUCUCUCCCUAAAUAGAUUGUCCUCUUGAGUUAUUCUCUCCUUCUCCUUACCUGAAGUUGUCAGGUAACAUGUCAGAUUGCCUCACAGGUGACAGUAGGAAGUAGUAACAUCUUCAAGGUUUUGCAUUGGGUGGAAGAUUUCUCUCACUCACAAAGGGAAGAAACACCAAGUGUUUAUUGUAUCCAGUUGUUACUUAGUAUGUUUUUGGAAUUCAGCUUUUGUCUGUAUUUACUAAGCAGAUAUUUGUUAGCUAUGCUAUACAAUCAAAAAUACAUGCCAUUUAAAACUAAUAAAACUUUUAACGUGUGAUUCUUUACUCUGUA